CGCUUUCGCCCAUCAUGCAACGCUUUCGCAUUGAAUUAUCGUGAUCCUUUUUCGCUAUAGUCUUCUAAUGGACCCCCGGUACAACUGGCCGCCGCAAGGCUAUCCGAACGGCCAGUAUAACCCGUAUGCGCCGCCGCCUCCGCCUCCACAACAGCAGCAACCGCCGCCCAACGGCUACCAGCAACAACAUGGCUACCCACAAUAUCCUCCAAUGCAUAUGCAGAUGCCCAUUCAACAAGGCUAUUCACAGUCACAGCCAGCGCCAUACCAGGUCCCGCCGCAGCCUGUCAUGCCUCGGCCCUCGAAUCAACAAUACCAGCAAUAUCAGCAGAUGCCGCCACAAAUGCAACAGCCACAGCAUAUGCAGCAACAUUCACAGCAGAAUUCACAACAGUAUAUUCAGCAGAGUCCCCAGCAACGCCCACAACAACCGCAGCAGCAUAUGCAGCAACCUAUGCAACGGCUUCCCCAGCAAUCUCCUCAACAACCUCCACGACAACCUACUCAACAACCUCCACGACAACUUAAUCAACAACCUAACCAGCAGCCCACCCAGCAGCCUGCACAGCGGUCUCCCCAACAGGUGCAGUAUCGAUCACAACCACAAGUCGUAAUUCCAGCGAGGACACCCAACUAUGGGGACCCUAUGCAAAUGCAACCCCCGCGGAUACGGCAUGUGCAGGUGCCAGUACAACGUACAAGCAGCGUAGGGAUUCCUCAGACAGAUGGUUCGGCCAAUCAACAGCGCCGAUAUAGUGCACAACAGCCGCAAGUUAUGCCUGUCGCGAAGCCAGUCCAGCAGUCAUCGUCGCAGCAAGAGAAUGGACCUAGACCCCAGCCACGACCCGCAAACACGCCGACACAGAACCAGAACCUGCAGCGAGCGCCCCUUCAACCACAGACCACGCCUCAACAACAACGUGUACUACCCCCGACACAGACACCGACCAGCCAGUAUGCAAAUCUGGGCACGCAGCCACCUUCGUCUAAACCGAAAAUGCACCCCCAGGUCGUCAUACCUCGAGCCUCUUCGUCCCACCAACUUACACCAACGAAGCGUGCACAUGUCCCUCAAAAGGCCCUUCCUGCUGAACUCUCCGACCUGCUUCUUACUGCAGCGGACGAAUACAUCGCCGCCGCACGGGGCAUGGUAUCACUUUUAGGGAGUCAAAGAAAGGAAGCUGAUGUCAGACAAUACUACAAACUUAUAUCUACUGCUAUGGGGUGUAUGGAUGCUGUGUUGAGGGACUUUAAUAUGCCGCCUAGGGAUGAAGCAAAGUUGCGCCUAAGAUAUGCAAGUCUUAUGAUAGAAGAGACGGACAUUGAGGCUACGGAUAUUUCAAGUCGCAUUGAAGAGAUUCUUUCCAAGCAAAUAUCACUGUGUGGCAGACAUAGAUUACAGGAUUUGAAGUUUGCUGCCCUCCAUCUCCAAGCGCGGUACCAGUUCAAGACAAACCAUCGAGCCGGUUUGAAGUCCUUAGACAAACCAAUAUCUGAAGCAGAGACUUUUCAGCACAUUGCUUGGGUAUACGCAUUGCGCUUCCUCAAGGUGACACUGGCAUUGCAAAUACCAGGUCGUGUGGAAAUAGUCAUGAUUCUACAACAAUUACAUGCGAUACAGGGCCAUGCGGAACGACGUGGAGAUCGUGCCAUCUAUGUGGCGUGUUGUGCGCUUGAAGCGAUGGUCCACCUGCGGUCUGGCGCCGCAGAUCGGCUUGAGCAAGUUCAACGCGCUAUUGCAGCAGCGCGGAGUCUACAACUUCAGGUGUCAGCUAAAGAUCUGGGCUCUUUUGGCACUCUGAUUGAUGUUAUUGAUGUUGCUAGCGGCAUCCAGACUGGCCGACCAGACACACGGAAAGCGACGUCCCUUCUCGAAGCUAUAUUGGGCAAGAAGGAUGAAAAAGGAGGCUCUGAAACCGGAGUCUUUACUGUUCUCAUUGAACGAAGCUAUGGUGGUAAUCUGACGUUCGAUACAGGUGGCGUGUUCAGGAAGAACGCAGAAAGAAAAGAUGAACUCGUUUUUGCUUGGCUUCCACGGGAGGACCUCAAGGCACUGUGUUUUCACAUUUGUGCUAUGGAACAUCAUGUGCAUGAGAAAGGCUUAAUAUACAUGAAGGAAGCUCGUCAACGAUUUAGGGAAUCCGCGAAGCGUCGAAACCUCAUGGGCAUACCCCCUUCUCUUGCAUUCGCUCGGAUUGAGUGGAACAUGAUGUUGGAAUGGUAUUCGAUGUUCUCUAUCGGACUCAUGGCUUGCUCUCGAGACGACCACGCAACGGCUGAAGAUGUUCUUAGUGGACUGAAGAAACGUAUCGCUCUGCCUCCAUACAACAAUCAGGAGGCCUUUGCACGCACCCUUGCAUACCUUUCAUCUGUCAACGAUCAGGUCAAUGGCAAUCUUGAAUCUGCAAUAAAAAUUUCUUCUGGAGAAGUUCUUGCAAUACCGGAGAAAGGCCAUGCAGUUCCAGCUCGAGCCGAUAUAGCAGUCAUGGCAGCAUUGAACCGCUUGCUCAUUCUUCGCGAUCCUAACCACUCGCAACAUUUCCAGUCGAGCAUGCUGCUAGAGCAACUAAAACCCUUUUGCGAAGACCAUCCAAACCAAUACAUGCGCAUGGCUUUCCGCCUCGUCCAUGCCUUCCACGGCGAAGCUGCCGCCAUCUCCCACCAGAAGAAGACUGUCCAACAAGCCGUCGGCACAGCUCAAGAGAUUUCUCAAAAGACGCAAAACUUCGAGUUUGUAGCCAUGACAAUGUGCUACUUUGUCGCACGCUUCUUCGCCGAUACGGUGGGCGAGAAGAGUAUCCAAGCUAUCCGUGCGGCGAGAUCACAGGCAAUCAAAGGUCGGAAGCCUUUGUGGAUGGCUGUUGCAGCUGGUCUUUGUAUUAAUACAUAUCGGCACAAUGGGCUUAUGGAUGAAGCAGCCAAGGCCACGAGGGAGUUCGAGGCCGUGAGACCGCAGUUACCACUUAUACUUAGAGGUGAAGGCGAUUUAGAUGCUGAGGGCGAAGACGAUGUUGAUGCGGAUGGUGAUAUCGAUAUUGUCGGUUAGAAGGAGCAGUUAUUUUUUUUCUUCUGCACGCAGUUUCUUCUAUCUUCUUCCAACUCAGUGUAUGGAAACCUUUUCUAUUCUUGCAUUUCUCUGGCGUCAUAUGGGGGACUUGUGUUAUGUAAUCUGGUUCACGAUACCAUGUGUGUAGGGUUUUCACUCGGGCGCUUGUCUACAAAUAGUUUUUUCCUCGUGUGAAGAAAUGGUGUUUACGUAAUAACUACAAUUCUUCUUUCUCUGGUUG